AUGGACUACGACCCUGUUCAUGAACGACCAUUCAAGAAACGCCGCUUCUUUGUCGAGGACCCGAGCGAUGCCACCCCGGCCACGACUGACCCUACCGCCCCAACAUCGAGUUUCGACGCGUCUUCUUCGCGUGUGGACGGGAAUAAUGGCGUGAAUGGUUCUCAUCUGGUCUACGACAAGGUAGUAGGAAAUGGAGGACAAAGCGAACAACCAAACCCUGCCGUUCCCGUUGUCGAGCACAAUGUUCAACUGCCAGAGCAGAUUGAGAUGGAUGGAUUCGACACGGCGACGUUUAUCAGUAUCAUAGGCGAAAAGCUCUCCCCCGAAACGCUGCUCAAGAUACGAAAUGUCUCCAGUGGGAAUCUGGAACGAGCAAUCAAUAUCUACUUCGAUGGCUCGUGGAAGACUUCCGGCGGUGUCCAGGCACCGCGGGCAAACCAGACAACGUUGACGGCUCGUGAGAGAGCCCCUCCAAUUUCCACGCCAAAGCCACCAAAUACCGUCCCGGAACCUGUUUCGUUACCUGAGAUAGCUAGGCCAGUUGAUGGAGGGCCUCCCCGUCCCCUGGCCCAGCCUUCACGCAGAUAUAUCGGUGCAUUCGGGGUUAGCGCAUGGGCGACGAGAAGCGGCGUCGGCUUGGUCAAACACGGUGAUACUGUCAACAUCGAGCGUGCACGGUCUCAACCAUUAUCGACUCGCGGCCGAGGCGGGAAAAUAAGAGUUAAUAACAAAGGCGAUGUUCUGACCCGUUUCACCAAUACUGCCGGCCAGGAAAUCGGGAGACUGCCGCGCGAAUCGGCGGAGUGGGUAUCUACACUCCUCGAUCAAAAGGUCUGCGAGCUCCGAGGUGUCUGUGUCUUCGCACCGGAUAGACUCAGGGUGAAUGAUACGAUAUACCUGCAACUCUGGUGCUACCUUCGCAUCGAGGCGUUUCAGCCGAGGAUCUUGUCUCUAUCAGCGGAUGACAACAGGGCCACCACAAUCUUUGAAGACCAGGAAAGCGCCGAAGAGAAGCAGCUGCGUCUUCGCCAGGUUGCUCUGGUCAAGCUAUUCGAUGAGAUUGGCCUCUCGCCGUUGUCGCAGGAUGACGCAACUAAAAAGCAAAAGAAAGAAGGACUGCUCCGUGCAGCCGAAAUGGCUGACGAAGAUGCCAAAAAGGGCAAGUCCGGGAAUGACUCCGAAGAAGAGGAGCCUGCAGAGUUAGAGGAAGAUCAACUUGAUGCCCUAUAUAAGAAAGCACAAUCCUUCGACUUCAACAUGCCGGAAGCCCAGCCACCGUCGACUUUCGCUCUAGAUCUCCGCAAGUACCAGAAGCAGGCUCUUCAUUGGAUGCUUGCAAAAGAGAAGGACAAGAAAUCCGGCCGGGAGGUCUCCAUGCACCCUCUCUGGGAGCAAUAUACUUGGCCGCUAAAAGACGUCGACGACAAAGACCUACCAAUUGUUGAAGGGAUAGAACAUUUUUACGUCAACCCUUAUUCCGGAGAGCUUAGCCUUGACUUCCCUGCGCAGGAACAACACUGCCUUGGCGGUAUACUGGCCGAUGAGAUGGGACUGGGAAAGACAAUCGAGAUGCUUAGCUUGGUUCAUUCUCACAGGAAUGUACCUCCAAGCCAGGAUUCGAACCAUACAUCACCCGGUAAUCUUAUGAGACCUUCCGGGGUGGUGCCAGCGCCGUAUACAACUCUUGUUGUUGCGCCAACGUCGCUACUUGCACAAUGGGAGAGCGAGGCUUUGAAAGCCUCCCUUCCCGGAUCAAUGAGAGUGCUAAUGUAUUACGGAAAUGAAAAGGCCGUGGACCUACGAGAGCUGUGCUCUUCUAACAACUCGAAAGCGCCUAAUGUAAUUGUAACAAGUUACGGGACUGUUCUUGCGGAGCAUCGUCAACAUCUAACAGCACUGGCGUCGGGGGCCUGGACACAACGAAACUUGUUUUCCGUGGACUUUUUCCGUGUCAUUCUCGACGAAGCACACAUCAUUAAGAACCGGAGGUCCAAGACUGCAAGAGCUUGCUACGAGCUGCAGGCGACACACCGAUGGGUCCUUACGGGUACACCCAUUGUCAACCGUCUCGAAGACUUGUUUAGCUUGGUGAGGUUCCUCAAGGUUGAGCCAUGGAACAACUUUUCCUUCUGGAAGACGUUCAUCACCACGCCCUUCGAAUCGAAGGAGUUUGUCCGUGCUCUCAGCGUUGUGCAGACUGUCCUCGAGCCUCUCGUCCUGCGACGCACAAAGACCAUGAAGACGCCCGAGGGAGAGCCACUCGUACCCUUACCCCCGCGGACAGUCCAGAUUGCUGAGGUCGAGCUCUCGGAUCAGGAACGGGAUAUCUACAACCACAUCUUCACCCGGGCGAAACAGACGUUUAACAACGGUGUCGAGAACGGCACAAUCCUCAAGUCCUACUCGACAAUCUUCGCACAACUUCUGCGCCUCCGCCAAACAUGCUGCCACCCAAUACUGACACGCAACAAGGCCAUCGUCGCCGACGAGGAAGACGCCGCGGCGGCCGCAGACCAGAGCAAUGAGCUAUUCAAGGACGACAUGGACCUGCAAGAACUGAUAGAUCGCUUCACCGAGGCUACAGAGAAUCAAUCGGGGGAGUCUAAUGAAAACCAAGACCCCCUAAAGAAGUUCACCGCGCACGCCCUCCGUCAGAUCCAGACCGAAUCCAGUGGUGAGUGUCCUAUCUGCUCAGAGGAACCAAUGAUCGACCCCGCCGUGACAAGCUGCUGGCACAGCGCCUGCAAAAAGUGUCUUGAAGACUACAUCCGCCACCAAACAGACAAGAACGUCCAGCCACGCUGCUUCUCCUGCCGCUCCCCGCUCAGCGCACAGGAUAUCUUCGAAGUUAUUCGCCACAGCAACAGCUCCCCUCCUAUUUCAUCACAACCACCACCAUCCUCAAACCUAGACGACGAAUCCGAUGACCUCUGUAGUAGCUCCCAGCCACCCCCACGCAUCUCCCUUCGCCGCAUAAACCCCCUCUCACCCUCAGCACAUACCUCCGCCAAAAUACACGCCCUCCUAACACACCUCGCGCGCAUUCCUAGCGGCUCAAAAUCCGUCGUUUUCUCCCAAUUCACCUCGUUCCUCGACCUCAUUUCGCCCCAGCUCACAAAAGCGGGCAUACACCACGUCCGCCUCGACGGCACAAUGCCACAAAAAGCCCGCGCAGAGGUCCUCGCUCAAUUCAACCGAACCGAGACAUUCACCCAGGAGGAACUCGAUGAGGCGGAAUCGACCACUCCACUUACAUCCACCACGCUCGUUCCUUCAUCCUCAAAAAGCCUUCACCUCUCCAAACCAUCUACCGAAACCGCACCAACCCCAACAGUCCUCCUCAUCUCGCUCCGCGCCGGCGGCGUCGGACUCAACCUCACGAGCGCGAACAACGUCUUCAUGAUGGACCCCUGGUGGUCGUUUGCAAUCGAAGCACAGGCCAUCGACCGCGUGCACCGAAUGGGGCAGACGCGGGAUGUGAAUGUCGUCCGGUUUAUCGUGAAGGAGUCGAUUGAGGGCAGAAUGUUGAAGGUUCAGGAGCGGAAGAUGGGUAUCGCGGGGAGUUUGGGCAUGGGUGGGGAUGGCGGUGAGGAGGGGAAGAGGAAGGAGAGGCUUGAGGAGUUGAAGUUGUUGUUUGAGUAA